AUGUCUGGAAAGCCAAGCAUUGUUAUAUUGGGAGGUAAGGCUUAUGUUAUAGAGUAUGUUUCUUUAAAAUAUAGAAUACUGACGGAUUCUAGCCAUGCGAAUGCCGAAAUAAGUCUUCUUUGUAUGCAAAUUUUAGUCUGCGUGCGUUACUUGUAUGAAUAUAUAACUUGAACAGAACUUAGUCAUUAGUCACGUUUUAGCUAAAGUUUUUGCAGAAGAAUAUCAUCGUUCGUAUCAAAUCUGUCACGACCUGCUUUUUAUAAACAGACACCUUGUAAAACUGUCGAAUUUAACCGCAAACAACACGCGUGUGCUAACAAAAUCAUGUAAUUGUACUGAGAGGGAUAAUAUCGUGAUUAUUCAAGCAUGUUCUAUUAUAUUUUUACUAAAUUUCAACCAGAGUUCAUGAAAUAUAUCUGUAAUGGCAUUUGUACAAAAUUGUACGAAACGACGAAUGGUUAUAUUCGCGAUGGGGGGAGAUACAGUAAAAGUGGAAAAUUUAAUUGUUGUAGACAGAAUGAUAUCUUGAAGGAAUGUAGCUAAUAAUGUAAUAAGUUAGUAAUUGCUACAUUAGUAUUUAAAUGCUUCUCUUAAAGUCUAUAAAGCGUAGUUUAUCUGUUUAUAGUAGAAAGAUAUGGUUGGAAUAUGGAAUUCUAUUAUAAAUUCAUAAUUUAAAUUUUAUAAAGGUUUAUAAGUUGUGACAAAAACAGUUUCAUCAAUAAUAUGACCAUUCCAAAUUUGGUAAUGCACACUGAUGCUCAAGCACAAAUUAUUCAACCAGCAUAGUCUAGUGUUGAAAUUCUUACGGUAUUUUUUCAGCACUUAAUUUUGAUGGUGUGUAAUUACUGGGUCAAACCAUUGUCAUCUAAAGUGUAUGCGUGGAUGAAAAUUUUAGCUUAAUUUCUGAUUAUUAGUUAAUUACAGUAGUUCCUCAUAUAUUUUUCUAAAUAUAUCAUAUAAUUAUUCAUAAUGUAGAGACUAAUUACCAUUAAAAUGACAUUAAUGCAUGGUAAUUGUUAAUUUGUAUAUUAAUUGUUUGCCCCCAAUGACAGAUCAAAUUAUAAACAUAUUAUAUAUUUUUUUCUAAUCAACCUAGCACUCUACCCUUAAUUGACAAGUAAAAAUAUCUGGUGUUAGAUCCUUAGACACAGUAAAAUAAUAAAGUAGGGUAAAAGGGUUACCCAUUGAAUGGCAGCGCUCUCCCCUUGACAAGUAAAAUCGUCAGUGUGUAAAUCUUAUACCACCUUUGUUUUGAAUUGUAUAUACAUAGACAAUCAUGUCAAACCAAUGCCAUUAACAUCAUUUGUUUGUUAAUAGUGUUAGUUGGUACUUGAGAUUAAAACAAGAGUGCUUUUGUUAUAAGGUUGAUACUGGACUCCGGAUUUACGUCAAUAUUUCCUUCUUCUUUCAUUUAUGUGCAUGUAUUAUUGCAUUAUAUGGCUAUUUAUUCCUUUUACAACUUCAAAUAAUUAUGAAUAAAAAAUCAUAAGGAUCAAGAUCGAUUGAAGCAGUAAAUGAUGGAAUUCAGAAAAUAUUAGAAUGGUUUAAUGAUAAUCAACUUAUAUACACUUGAUAUGAAAAAUACUAAUUAUAUACUCUUUAAACCUAAAAAAGUUAAACAUAACAUAAAAAUAAAAAUUGGAGAUAUUGAUCACCAACUAGCUUGUUUAAGUGACUUGACAAAAUUCCUAGGAGUAAUCAUUGACCAACAAGUUAACUUGGAAUGAACACAUAAAUCAUGUAGUCAACAAAAUAGCUAAGACAACUGGUAUUCUAGACAAUAAAGCACAUCACUUCUUGAAAACUAUAAAACUAUGACUAUAUAAAUAUAUUAAAAUGCUAAUUUCACAUUUAUGUGGGAAUUAUUAUAUUAUUUCUAUAAUUUUAUUACUAUGGAAAGUACUUUUAUAUAAAAUAUAGAUUCACUUAAACAAGUUAUACCUGAUAAUUUAUAACAAGGGGAACUACUCACAUAAAAGCCCAUUAGGUUUAUGUAGUACCCAAAUAUAUAAUUAGAUAAGUCCAUGUAUGCAAUUUUGUAAAUAACUUAUUACACCUAGAUUUCUUUUUUAUAAACUUAACAUUUUUUUAUAUUUUAUGGUCAACAAUAUGACAUUUCACAUGGAAAUAUUAGUGUUGUUGCACUUCAUAUUUGAUGGUAUUAUCUUGUAUAGCAUGGCUAUAAAACUCCAAAUGUAUUUUCUUUUUUCCUACACGUGCAGGUCUUGGUUUUAUUGGCAGAAAUUUAGUCACAUAUCUUGUGGAAAAUGACCUAUGUUCGAAGGUGAGGACAUUGAACUACAGUAGCAUGACAAAAAAAUUCUGUUUGUACAACUGCAAGAUGUACAUGUAUUACUAAGCGAGAUUUUUCUUUGUGGAUAAGACAUGGCGGUCAUUCAUUUAGUUGUUAUUGUGUUGUUUAGAUAAGAGCUGUUGACAAGGUGCCACCACAGACAGCAUGGCUCAAUGAAAGACACAAG